AUGACUAUCAAUAGCAAAGCAACGGCAACCCAGGACCGCUCCUCGAAGCCACUUAUUGUCAUUGCCUGCGCAAUAAUAACGGGACAUACUCUCCCAUUACUGCCUCACGCCAAUGAGCUGACCGAACAAGGCUUCGAUGUCUCCUUCAUUGGUGGUCCAGAGUUCGAAACCCUCAUCCGCAAAACCGGCGCCACCUUCUACCCAAUAGAACGUUUAUACUCCCAGGAGAGCCUAGACUCCCUGGACUCAAUUCCUGAUCGCAGCGCCCGCAUUAUCUGGGGUCUAAAGACAUUUUUCAUCGACUUGACCGCAUCCAGAAUGAAGUCACUACAGACUGUUCUGGAAACUCUCCGCGAAAAGCACCCAAAUCGCGAGGUCGUUCUCAUCCAAGAGCUCGGCUACAUGGGAACCUGGCCAUACCUUCUCGGUGCACCCCCACCCAAAGGUUACAAGCAAUUUCCCAAGACCCUUACAUUCACCACCACACCGUUGCUUGUCACAAGUGUCGACACAGCACCGUUUGGGAGCUGUUUAGCUCCCGACUCCAGCGACGGCCGAGCCCGCAACGCUGCGAUGUACGCCGCCGAGAAAGUUAUCCGCGAUGAGCUAGUUGACUAUAGCAACAGCGUGUAUGCAUCGCUUGGAGCAACCAUGAAAGUAGACCAGUGGUUAUUCGACCUGUGGAGCACCCAUACCAUCCUCCUGCAGCCCUGUUCCCCAAGCUUGGAGUACCCGCGCAGCGACCUUUCACCGAAGGUCCGGUUCAUUGGCGGCACACCAUGCAGGAAAACCGACCUAUCCACACCCCUGCCUGGAUGGUGGGGUGAACUGGAGACGAACAGGCACGCAGCGAACCCGAAGAAAGUCGUCUUCGUUACGCAGGGUACUGACAAAACCUAUUAUAAGAACUUACUCAUUCCCACCAUACAGGCAUUCGCCAACCGGUCAGAUGUCAUGGUCAUCGGCGUGCUGGGAGUGAAAGGCGCAGUAUUGGAUGAGGAUCACCAGAUACCCAACAACACCAAAGUCAUUGAUUACCUUUCGUAUGAUGCGGUGCUUCCGUACGUUGAUGUCUUUGUGACAAACGGCGGGUAUGGCGGUUUUAUGCAUGGCGUGAUGAACGGAGUGCCCAUGGUAUUAGCUGGAACAGUUCAAGACAAAGGCGAAGUAUGCAUGCGCGGAGAAUGGGCCGGAAUUGGAAUCAAUCUGCGAACCGAUACUCCCAGCCCUGAGACCAUCCGAGAGAGUGUAGAGCGGAUAUUGAGCGACCCAAAAUACAAGGCUCGUUCAGUGGUAAUCCAGCGGGAAAACGAGGAACUGGACAGUGUUAGUUCACUACGGCGGUGUAUUCUCGAAGACGAGUAA